AUGGCAUUCGCGAACUCUCGCUUGGGCUAUCAUCACCCGCAAAGGGACGGCAAACACCCAACAUACUUUGACGAGGACGACUCCAGCGUUCUAGACCCAGCGAUACUAGACGCUGACAUUAUGCAAAGCCCAACGAACGCCCAAUAUCGAAGGGACUCUUUCGCCAACAGCAACGGUGUACUUUCUCCACCUGAGUCGCAGGGCUGGGACCAGCAAUAUAAUGGCUUGCCCAUCGACUCGAAUUGUGUGCCGCCCAAUUACCACGAGGAGCAUAAUGCCUUUGUCCAUCCGCGCGGGCCACAUCCACCAGUACAGUCCUACGGACAUCCUCUACAUGGCGCGACUUGGACUCUGGCCGAUAACUCCGGACAGUGCACACCGGCGCCCGGCCUCGAAUUUCCCAUAGCGCAACCACACUUCGAAGCUGGCCCAUAUGGACUUCAGCGACAAGAUAGCACGCAUGGCCUCAUAUCCCACCAGCCCAUCGCGCACGCUUCAACACAGUACAACGGUCCACCUGGCGAGCAUGGUUUCAUACCCGCGCCUCAGGUGCACACACCCAUGUCGCCGCACUCUCACCAGGAUUGGAUGGGCAUGGCUAAGCGAGAAAUGGACAGUCGACCAGUGCAUAAGCGCAUGCGACCUAACAGCCCGUCAAGUGCCAUGAUGGACUUCACUCGUCGGGAUGGCAUUCGCAAGAAGAACGGCCGCAUCGACAUCCCUCAGGAGCGCAAUAUCCAGACCAUCGACGAUCUUAUUGACAAGACCAGUGACGAGGAUCUUCUCAAGGAGCUCAAGCAGCAGAAGCGACUCUUGCGCAACAGAGAGGCAGCGCUCGCAUCACGACAACGCAAGAAGAAGCAUACCGAGGAGCUUGAGGUCCGCGAAAAGGGUUUCUCCUCCCAGAUCCAUACUCUGGAGAAGGAAGUUCAUGAACUCUCUAUUGAGCAGCAACAGCGGGAGGACGAGCGUCAGAUGCUCAUCCAUCGUUUGCAGGAGAGCCAACGUGCUGUUGAGGGGCUGCAAGAGGAGAUCCGAAGCCUGAAGGUGCAACACACCGAGGAGACAUCACAGCUACGGAGACGUGUCAACCAGAUGAAGGAUCAGCUUGCCCUCGAGGCACCUGCUAUGUCUGCUGCGCCUAGUAGUACUGGCUUCACGGACUUCAACGCCGAGAUGGAGGCGCUCAACAUGGGUCCACAUGAUUGGGAAGACUUCUUUGUUGUGCCAGACUGCCGGAACGACCAGUUUGAUGAUAUGAGCUUCGCCGUCAAGUCAUCGCCAGUCCUCGAAAAGCGACCGUCUGCUAGCACCAUCGUACCAAGUCCAAAGAAGAAGAACGUGGACAACACAAGUGAGCAGCCGCUUGCCACGGGACUUCUGCUUAUGCUACUGCUCUGUGGCGCAUUCGUGGCAUCGAAGCCACCAAAUGCUCGACCUUCUGACCUACCCAGCAUGCCUGCAGAAGUUCAGGCUGCUGCACCGACCGUGCUUAAGGAUCUUCUUGCAGGUGCUGGCGGCACGACUCAAACCGCACCUGCACGUCGCAACCUUCAAAAUGAGUACGAGCCACAGCCAUCGGCAAUGUCUUAUGUCAGUCCACGAGCAACCAACAGGCUCGAGCAUAUGCAUCGCGCGAUCACGUCGCCAACACGCCAACAGGAGUAUGAUCAAGCAUACUCCCUGACCACGGCACAAUAUGCUUCGCUUACGCACACGGACUACAACGUGUAUGGCGAGCCAGCAGGACUAGAUCACGGCAACCAAAUGCCGGCGUCUGCUCCUAGCAGUAUCGCCACCGCGCUUGCCACUAUGCAACAAGAAGUGCAGCAGUCUGGCAGGCCUGAAGUCUACUCUCGGAGCCUAUUGUGGGAUCAGCUCUCCUCGGACGUGGUACGACAGUUUAGAGAUAUCGUACGCGACCACGACGAACUCGAUGGCCGACAACAGCGGCGCCGCAACGGCCAGCAGCAAUACAAAGCUGAGCAAUGA